AUAGCAAAAAAUAGAAAGCCUCUUCUAUGAGGUUUUAGUAAAAGUCUAGUUAGAAGUAUUUGAAUAGGAAGUGGUUAUGCAUUCCUAGCCCUUUUGAGGCUGAAGGGGUACACAGCCCACAUAGGACAAAUCAAUGGUUUGGAUCUAUCGGAGUGUUUUUGCAGAUUUCCACCUGUAGGACAUAAUGUUCUCCCUUUCCCCCUCCUACUGCAGCCUGAAAUGCCCCCUUAAAAUAUAGAAUUUUGGAGGAGUUAUUAGUGGCUGGCUGCAGAGUAUGUGGGGAGGUAAGAAAGCUGAACUCUGCAGAAGAAGAUCCAAGCUAUUGUUUCUCAUGUGAGAUUAACUCAAGUCAGACUGGAUUGAAACCACAUGAAGAACACAAUAACACUUCUUCCUUUCUUCACUCAAUUUUGCAGGGCUGUCUGCUGGUGAUGUGUGUGGGGACGUGCAGUCGAAUUUUAGGCCCAUGUCUCUUUACCUUGAGUAUGCUUUCCAUCGUUGCUAACAUUUUCCUACUCUUCCCCAGCUGGGAAUGGCAAUAUCUUACAAUGGGACGCAUCACUAAAAAUGCUAUUAUAAUACCAGGAGUGUGGGGAAGUGGACUACUGGUCCUCCCUGGCGCCAUUCACAUCACAGCUGUUGGGUGGAGAUGGAACAGUGUCCGCAACUCUGGAACUUGUCAAAGUAUGUUUCUCUCCAUUGUAUUGUCAGCACUGGCUUUGCUGGGAUCAGCUGCUUGCUUUGUUUUGAGCGGUGUAGGUGUAACAGAAGGACCGCUCUGUCUCUAUAAUUCCACCUACAAUCAAAGGAAGAUUCAGCAGUGGGAUUAUCCAUUCCGCAUUAUGGACACUGCAGACCUGAGUAGCAGGGCUCAGAAUUACUUGUACGAUCCUACCCUUUGGAACUCAGUUUGCAUCGAGCCCCACAAUGUGGUAGCCUGGAAUGUUUAUUUCUUCUUCACCCUUCUAAUCAUCAGCAUGGUUGAGAUGGUCCUGGCUGCUCUUCAGAUCAUCAAUGGGUUUUUUGGAUGUAUCUGUGGCUUUUGUGACAAAAAAUAGGUUGUUCCAUAUCUGGUUCUUGUGUUGACUGUGAAGAAUAAAAUGGUGCUUCCCAGGAUGUAAUCAGCUAUCACUCAUCCUUCAAUGGAACAUAUAACAUUAUCUUCCACAGGAACCUAUAAGUCAGCCACUGACAGCUAACCGCUGCCACCAAGAUAGAUGUCACUGUGGCAUUGAGCUGUAGGCAGGAGAUGGGAUUCUUAAGUCAUGAUGAGUUGAACCCUACCAUUCUGAUCAGCUACUCAGAAUAUUCUUGUGGUAUAACAAUCCUUUCCAGAGUAAUAGGAUGCAAUUCAAUGUUUUUAAAAUUAAGUAUUCUGAUAUGUAUUUAUUUAUUUAAACACACUGAAAUUCCUCUACACACCCUUGAUUCUUGUACUAAAAUGGCAACUGUUAUUUCUUUUCUAAUCCCCAAAACUCCUGCUAGAUGACAUCAAGGUACAAAGUAUCUCUGAUACAGGAGACACUGACAGGAGGAUUUGGCAUGACGUCCAGGCUGUAUCAGGCUCUCUAAUGGGGCAUCCUACCCUUCACGUAGCCCCCUACAGUUAGAAGGUCAACUCUGGUGAGUUCAUGCUGCUUAUGGACAAGCCCAUGCUGUGGUUUUGCAAGUGGAAAGAAGAUCCCAUGCAGCUUCAGUACAUUAGUUUGAGGGAGGACCCAAGUUGCAUUCUUCAGAGCCAGGGAAGCUAGAAACACACAGAACUUUCCCAGCAAAAAAUCAAGCCUGAUGAGGGGCAACACCUCUUUCAUUCACAUGUGAGAUGCUUGAGUUAUCCUGAUAGACUCCGGAAAAGGGAAUUGUCUUCCUUAAUGGUUUUCUAUUGUCAAAGACAGGCUGAUAUGGCAGGAAAAAUAAAAAUAUGGAUGAAACAGGAUAUGGGACCAGCAUGAUCUUCUCCUCUACUGAAAGAGCCAAGCAGAAUAUCUCUUGAAUAUUUAGUUAUUUAUUCACAAAAUGAUGGAUUGUAACCUAACUGCAUUAGUGCAAAGGCAUGCCACUCAAGGCAGAUAUGUUCACUCCUGUCUUUAUAUCACCUGUACACAUGCUGAUGGUUCCUAGGCAGCAACCAAGAAAAUGUACUUGUAAAUACCCUAAUUAAGCUUUGCUCCUACCUCAAAACAUUAAUACUGAUGACCACUACUUUCCACCAAUUACAAUAUUUUCUUCACAUUUGCUGAAGUUGAAGGGCAAGUCGUUGCACUUCAUUUUUUCAGCAGUAGAUUUAAGCGCACAUGCUUUCCAAUACACUGUAAUUGUGAUAAGCAUGUGCUAUGCUUCUUCCUAUAUGAUAUUCCAAGGCAUGACAGAAAACGGUCACUCCCUCAAAUCAUUGUUUGUGUAGUUGAGGAUGGUAUGGUUGUUGAAGUCCACUGUGAAAGCAAAGAGGAUGAAUUUAAACUGUUGAACUUUCAUGUGCCAAAAUAUC